AUGCCUCUGGUUUCUCAGCUGAAUCGAAAUUCGAUGACUGUUCAGAAUGCCUCUGUUUUCCCUUCGGCUGUGUUAUCUUCAACAAAUAAUCAAUGUUCGUCAUCUGGAUUAGGAAUGCCUAUUCCUGCCGACUCUUCGAAUGUUCGAAAUGUUCAAGGAGUUAAUCUGCAUUCCCAUUCUGUUUUGAUUCCUCCAUCCAAUUCAUCUUCUCAAGAUCCUUCGAUUGACCGACUUCUGCCAAAAACUCAGAUCCCGAUUACUGGAAGAGAUUCUCAGGUUCCUCUUGUUACAUCGAAUGCUCAGAAUCCUUCUACUAUUCAGGUUAUUGAAAAUGGAUUAUCUUCUGUUAUUAUGGUGAAUAUUGAUAAUGCUGCAAAUCCAAAUAUUACAACUGUUGAUGCUGAGGUGGGAAAUGCAAGGGUGAUUGGAAUGGAGGAUAUGGAAAAUGGUAGGAAUAUGGCUGUAUUGGGGCAGACAUUCAGUGCUGAUAAGAGUCCUGAUAUUGGAGCAUCUGUUGCUGAUAAACUGAUCACUGAUCCAGUUCCACAGGAGAUGAUCAAUGUGUGUAAUAUUGCAAAUGCUGCUUUGAUUAAUGAUGUUGUGGGUGUUGAGGUUGGGUCUCUUGAUAUUUCCCCAAUGGUUGUGGAUUGUGGAAAUCAAGAGGGUGAUGGCACUGAUAAUGUUGGCAUCAGUCUGGAAUCUCCUAUUCUGCCAGAUCAUGAAGAUUCUCUGAUUUUGGUGGAGUCUGAUUCUCAAAUUCUAGUUCAAAUGGUGAAAGGUUUGGCUAUUAUUCCAUGGAAGUUGCAAGAUCUGUUAAAGAGGAUUAAACUGUUAUUUGGUAUGAUGAAUUUGCAGAUUUCACACAUUUACAGAGAAGCUAAUGGAUUGGCUGAUUUUUUAGCUUCUUUUGCUGUUCAUUCAAAAACAUAUACUGAAUUCUCUGGCAGUAAUGUAUUGCCAGUGGCUGGAAGGUUAAUUCUGCAGCAAGACCAGACUGGUUUACCUAAUGCCAGAUUGAAAAGAAUACUUUAUUGGUUGCCCUCAGUUGGAAUUUGUGAAGAGUUUCAGCUGCUGGAGGAUGAAGUUUGGCAGACUGUUGGAGUUCUGGAUGGGAAUUGCAUUUUUCCUGUUCAAGAACUUGGAAUUUUUGCAGUUCCUAAUGCUGAUCUGGAAGAGGAUGUUUACCAGAAAAAGAAGACU